AUGCCGACAUCGCCAUUACCUGUGGAUGUCGUGGCUCUCCCGCUUGCAAGCAUAGGCGCUAAAAUGCCGAUCCCCCUAUCGGCCGAUGACGCCGAUGGAGGCGGGACUGGCUCCGGGAACACCCACGAUGGUAGCAGCUUCGAGGCGUCUGGUCAGAAUCCUGUCGUCUCGAAGUUCUCUGCAGCGUUGUGCUGCUAUCCGGUAGUCAAGCAGAUCGCGCGGUGUGUGGAUUUGAAUACGCUCGAUGCCCUUUCAAGAACAUGCCGUGAGUUUCGCGAGAUACUGUUGGCAUCCCGGCAACAGCUAAAGCGGGAAACCCUACGUUGCCGGUUCGAAGCCUUAGACUUGGGAGCGGACCCAGCCUCAGAGGGCGUGUGGGACAUUGACCACCCGAUGUUCUCGGCUGGUAAAAAUUGUGCCAUGAAACCUCCCACUGCCUCAGUUUUGAAGGCCCGCCUGCGUCGCCUCUGCAACACCUGUCUGGGAGCACCAUUAUCUGAACACCUUACUUACCGAAUAUUGCCAGACCUUGAUAGCCACUUUGUUCUUCCCGCAUUUAGACCUCGCCCGAAACCUGCAUGUUCAUGCAACGAAACAGCAUGGUUCUGCAAGCCCUGCGGGCAGGUUAUACGCAGUGAUGACACGGCAUACAUGCGCGUUUUCUCCUGGCGAACUCGAUACAGCACUUAUCUGGGGGGUGGUUUAGGUACAGGUAUCGGUGACACCUGUCGGGGUGUCCAGUGUGGCCGAGAAUCUACGUGCCUUGCUGCCAAUGCAAUGGAGGUUGAAAUUGAUUGCCAAGUUAAUAAUUGGAAUGGAGAACAUUCAGACUCCUCUUCCAGUGGAGAUGACGACGGGCCCGGCUACUUACGACAGGAAAUAAUGGGGGUUGGUGGGGUCGUAAAAAAUAAGAUAAAGAAACGAGUCAGAGUUGGUGCGAGCGUCGAGGAACAUGAUGAUGAGCGUGAAGCGUCGGAAUACUUAAAAAGAGAGUGCACGGGAGAGGCGAGAAGCUGGUGUGGGUGGUGCUAUCGGGUGGUACCAAGUCAGCUGGACCUCACCUGA